GGGGGGGAGGACGGGGACGAGGAGGGGGGAGACGGGGAGGACGGAUCCCCCCCCUCCGUCACGGUGCAGCUGCAGCAGGUGCAGCAAAGGAUAGAGGUGAUGGGUCUCCACCUCCCUGAAGCUCCGCCUCCAGACACCAAUGAAGAAGAAGAAGACGCGGUGGCGGCGGCGAGGAGCCGAGCCUCCAUCCCCAUGGACCCAGACCACGUGGAGCUGGUGAAGAGGACGAUGGCGGCCGUGGCGUUGCCGUCUCUGGGCGUGCCGCCGUGGGCGCAGGAGAUCUCCGACGACCAGUGGAAGGACAUGGUGCAGAACACGCUGGAGAGCCGGCUGCACCACCGGACCCUGAACGCACCGCCCCGCCCCACUGGACCCUGAACGCACCGCCAUACUGGGGCAACAACACCGCACCCUGAACGCACCGCAACACCUCCGGACUGGGAACUCACCGCCAUACCCUGAACGCAUCGC